CGGUCCUGGGCCUCCCCUAGGUCGACUCAGCCUCAAAUGAGUACCCGGUGCGGUGUGUAAACAUCGCCACAAGGAGAGACGAAGGCGACCGGGCUUGGCGCUGGCCAGCCAUCAGCUCGUGUGCCACAGUGCCGACCUUCAUCGGCGCUGCUCGCUCACAGCACUUGCCCCAUCAGUCUGUUCAGCCUUUGUGUGUGUGUCUGUGUGUAGUUGUGACGCACCAGCCCGUGUGUGUGAAUCUCUGCGUAUCUGAGAGCGAGAGCGGGGGGAGGAAGAGGGAGGGAGAGAGAUUUGAGCUCGAGAAGAAAGCUGCACUCUGUUCGCGGCAUUGGAGUUGAUCCGAAAAUCAGCGACCUCCUCCCUAGCUUGUUGAAACACCUGGUGUGAGGAUCAUCCAUCGGUGGAAACCUCACCCGGUCACUCGACGCGGCCCACCAAUCCUCUCUCGAUUGCAGCCGUGCAGCCCAGCGAUGUUCACAGCGGCCGGUGCUGUUGCCACACUCGCGCUCACGCUGGUGCUGGCGUCUCGUCCGGCACCAUCAUCGUCUUCGUCUCCAUCCAACUCCUCCUCCUCCUCCUCGUCUCCCUCCACCCCAGCUCGGCCCAACAUCGUGCUCGUCGUCUGCGACUCUAUGGACGGGCGGCUCGUGACGGCGCCGCGGCCGCCCGUGCCUCUGCCGUGGAUUGAGCGCCUGGCGGCGGCCGGGGCGGCCUUCACCACGGCGUACACCAACUCGCCCGUGUGCUGCCCGUCCCGCGCCGCCCUCUGGAGCGGACUUCACACCCACGUCACCGCCGCGUGGAACAACCACAAGUGUCUGCCGCCAGGUUACCCGACGUGGCUCGACCGCCUGCGUGCCGAGGCCGGCUACACCACGGCCGUGUUCGGCAAGACGGACUUCACGUCGGGCGGACACUCGCUGAGCAACCGCGUGGAGGCGUGGACGCGCGGCGUGCCGGGGCUGCUCCUGCGCCAGGAGCCGAGGCCCCGCGCUGAGCUCGUGGGGAGCGAGCACACGAGGAGGGUGCAGCUCCGCGAUUGGAACAACACGGACCGCGCAGUCCGCUGGAUCCGCGACGUGGCGCCCGGGAGAGCUCCCUUCGCGCUCUACCUGGGCCUCAACCUGCCGCACCCGUACAAGACCCCGUCCGCGGGCCCCGACGCCGGCUCCUCCACCUUCCGCACGUCGCCCCACUGGCUGCACCGCGUGCGCCGCGGCGCCGUCGUGGUGCCGCGCUGGCUGCCGCGCGACGAGGCCCACCCCUGCGACGCGUACGCCACCUUCGUCAAGAACUGCUCGGGCCCCUUCGCCGACGACGAGGUCAUCGCGGUGCGCGCCGCCUACUACGCCAUGUGCGCCGAGACGGACGCCAUGCUGGGUGCGGUGGUGCGCGCGCUGGGCGCCGCGGGCUUCCACCUGCGCGGCGACACCUACGUGGCGUUCACGUGCGACCACGGCGAGCUGGCGCUGGAGCACCGGCAGUACUACAAGAUGAGCAUGUACGAGGGCAGCGCGCGCGUGCCGCUCGUCAUCGCCGGGCCCAGGGUGCGGCCGCGGAGGCAGCGCCGUGGUGGUGAUCGUGGUGGCCGUGGUGGUGAUCGUGGUGACGGUAGUGUUGGUGGUGGUGGUGGUGGAAAUGACGGUGAUGGCGGCAGUGGUUUUAGCGGCGGUGCUGGUGGCAGUAGUGGUGAUCGUGGCGGCGGCGAUGGCAGUCGAGGUGGUGGUCGUGGUGGCCGUGAUGAUGGCGAAAGUAUUGAUGGUGGUCGAGGUGGCGCUCGCGGUUGUGCUGGUGGUCAAGGUGCUGCUGGUGGUGGUCAUGGUGGUGCUGGUGUUGGUGGUGCUGGUGUUGGUGGUGCUGGUGCUGGUGUUGGUGGUGCUGGCAGUCGUGGCGGUGGUGAGUGGACGACGAGGUCAGUCCUUGAGCAGACGUUGGUGUCCCUCGUGGACAUCUACCCGACCAUGAUGGACAUAGCGGGGCUGCCCGUGGACCCGCGUCUCAACGGGACGUCUCUGCUCAAGCUGCUGGAGCGACGGGGACGCACGGCGCGCGCACGGAAGGGCGGCGGUGACGGCGUUCAUGAUAAUGAUGUCGGUGGCGUUUUUCAUGACGGCGUCGGUGAUAGAAAUUUUCACGCACCUCAAUAUCAUCAACAGCAUCGAAAUAAUUACCACCGUCGUCACCGCCAUCACGCUGCCCAAAAUAUAAUCACCGUCGGUAGUGAGCAUGCUGCUGAUGGCAACCAUCAGCGACACCAAGCUCAACAUCACCAUCGUCGUCCUCGUCGUUGCCAGCACCAUAUUCAUAACACAACCAACUACAACCUUCAAAACGACGUUGAUGAAAACGACCACGACGACGAGGCGACCUCCUCCGCUCACCGUGACCUCGUCAAACUCUCCCGCGGCCACCGCUGGGCGCUGAGCCAGUUCCACGGCAGUGACCUCAACGAGUCGGCGUACAUGCUGCGCGUGUCGCGCUGGAAACUCGUGGCCUACGGCGAGGGGCCCUCCUCCGCGACGCGGCCGCAGCUCUUCGACCUCGUCUCCGACCCCGAGGAGCUGCGCGACCUGUCGGCGUCGCGACCCCACCUGACCUCUCGCCUCGAAGCGGCGCUCCGCUCGCUGAUGGACUACCCGGCGGUGACGCGCGCCGUGCGCCGCUACGACCGCGCAGCCUUCCUCGAGUGGCGCGCCGCCGCCGGCCCGCGCUACCGGGAGGCCAUCGCGGGCCUGCGCUGGUACCGUGACUGGGCCGAGGACCCGCGGGGAAACCUCGAGGCCAUCGACGCCUGGCUCGAGCGAGGGGAGUGAUCACUGGCAGAGCCAGUGGGGCGGGGGGGGGGGGGG